AUGUUUGAGAUCAAAGCUAAUCUGACUACAAAAGGAGGAAUGCUUGCCUUGCCUGCUAAAUUCUUGAUAGAGGAAGCUCGUUAUUUUGCUAGCAUGAGUAGUAUGGAUGCUUUUGAGGCUAUUCUUUCCUUGCUCAUCUAUGGAUUGCUCCUAUUCCCUAAUGUUGACGACUUUGUUGACAUUAAUGCUAUCAAAAUAUUCUUAAUUGGAAAUCCAGUACCUACCUUACUUGCCGAUGUUUACCAUUCAGUCCAUCUCAAGAAUUUUCAUAAGGGAGGAAAAAUCAUAUGUUGUACAACUUUGCUCUACAAAUGGUUUAUUUCGCACUUGCCUCGAUCUACUACAUUUUGGGACCUUAAGGAUGGUUUUCUAUGGUCACAAAAGAUUAUGUCUCUCACUCAUUCUAACAUUGAUUGGUUUGAUCGUGCUUAUGAGGGGGCGACAAUUAUUGAUAGUUAUGGUGAGUUUCCUAAUGUACCUCUUAUUGGUACGAAGGGGGGAAUUAACUACAACCUGAUUUUGGCUCGUCGUCAGUUUGGAUACCCAAUGAAGGACAAGCAUAACACUAUCUUCUUAGAGAGUUUCUUUUUUAAGGAAGGAGAAAGCAAUAGAGCAUUCAAAGAAAAGAUUGUGCAUGCCUGGCACCACAUCCAUAAGAAAAGAAGAGAAGUUCUAGGAAAGCUAGAUUACGUCUCUUUGGAGCCUUAUCUCCAAUGGGUACAAGUUAGGGCCAUCAGUUUGAAAAUGCCUUAUCCUCGACAAGAGACUUUGUCUUUAACUUUUAAAGAACCUUCUCUAAUUUUCAUGACUGGCGCAGAGAAACUAAAGAUUUCUUUGAUUAGGGUGCAAUGA